AUUUUUGGGUUCGAUUGCAUUCGUUCUACGUCGAGUGCUCCUGGAUCUAUAUAUAUAUAUAUAUGUCGCACCGCGUCUCGCAAUUAAUUGCAAACCUAGGCUCCCCUAUAUUCAUCCGUAAUUUAGUACUCUCGCAGCAUCCACAGCAGAUCUGCCAGGAGCAACGACGUAAUAAGCGAGCGCGUGAAUCUUACGUUCUUCACAAAACUUCUGCAUCUUCGAAGCGACGGUCUCGAUUUGGCGUUCCGCUACGCCAAUGAAACAGUACUGCCAUUGGUUAUUUGCAAUGCUAAUGACAUUACGGAUAGACUGACUGGCUCUACCGCCUCGCAAACACCCCUGGCACAACGAAGAUGACAACGAGAAACGCGAAACAACUUCCGCACGAGAGGCGGAAAGGUGAAGCAGCAUUGAGUGACUUUGCCGAUUAUGUCGAGAAGCAGCAAGCUCUCCGAUACCCCAGCUCCAGGGCCGGCCCCUCGGGCAAUGCUCCCGUCGAACACCACGAAGAGCUCGAUAUCCUCGAUACGCUUAAUCUUGGCGAUGAAUCCGGCCCUCAUAUACCGCUACGCGACCUCCUACUAGCUGAUGACGAGGACAGCUUGCUGAAGCUGGUCCAUGUUAUCCACGAUCGUCUCCUGGAGGGUCACGGCGAGGGGGUAUUCGAUAUUGGAUUCGAAAACAAUGGCAAUCCUAUGCGCUUGACCAAGCCUGAGUGGGACACUGCUCUAACUCGGUUAAAAGAUGCCGCGAAGAAGUCCCGUGCCGACUGCGAUGUGCUCCUCACUAAGAAUGUUGGCGGCAGCGUUGAGGCUGGGCCGGAAAAUGACAAGGACACAGACUGCAGCGGCAAAGUCCUGAUACGGCAGGCUCCUUCGAAGCCCGAGGAGGUCAUUGAGACGCGCAUUGCUGUUGUCGGGAAUGUCGACGCCGGAAAGAGUUCUAUGCUUGGUGUCCUCGUCAAGGGCGACCUGGACGAUGGACGAGGUAAAGCUCGUGUGAACCUAUUUCGGCACAAGCAUGAAAUCGAAACUGGUCGAACCAGCUCUGUGGGAAUGGAGAUCAUGGGCUUCGACACCCUCGGCCAAGCUAUCGCCUCCGAUACCCCUGGAAGGAAACUUUCGUGGGAAGAGAUUGGCAAGCGGAGCGCGAAAGUUAUCACCUUCACUGAUCUAGCGGGGCACGAGAAAUACCUGCGGACAACAGUUUUUGGUCUUCUGUCGAGCAGCCCGAACUACUGUUUGCUCAUGGUAGCAGCCAACAAUGGACUGAUCGGUAUGAGCAAAGAGCACUUGGGUAUCGCCCUCGCCCUCAAUGUUCCCGUCAUGGUGGUAGUCACCAAAGUCGACAUUUGCCCGCCCAAUAUUUUGGAGCAGACGAUCCAGCAGAUUACCAAAAUUCUCAAGUCACCGGCAGCCAAGAAAAUACCAAUAUUCAUUCGGGAUCGUGAGGAGUGCGUCAACACGGCAACUCAGUUUGUCAGCCAGCGUAUUUGUCCAAUAUUCCAGGUGUCCAACGUGACCGGCGAGAAUUUGGAUCUUGUACGAACCUUCCUGAACAUCCUCCCACAUCACGGGCGGUAUGAUGCUGAGGCACCCUUCGAGUUUCACGUCAACGACACUUUCUCGGUUCCAUUCGUCGGCACGGUAGUCAGCGGCAUUAUCAAUUCAGGAGUGGUUCACGUUGGUGACAAUGUCCUGGUUGGACCCGACUCGCUCGGUCAGUUCACCCAGACCAGUAUCCGAUCGAUCGAGCGCAAACGUAUUGGGGUUCCAGCUGCUUCCGCAGGACAAUCCGCUAGUUUUGCUCUAAAGAAAGUACGGAGGAAAGACGUCCGGAAAGGAAUGGUUGUACUUCCGAAAAUUGAAGGCCAGCCGAUGCCCAAAGUGCACCGUGAAUUCAUCGCCGAGGUGUUGAUUCUCUCCCACGCUACCACCAUCAAAACGAAAUACCAGGCCAUGCUUCACGUCGGACCGGUGUCGCAAACCUGUGCGAUAAUCGAUGUCGACCGGCCAUUCAUUCGUACAGGAGACCGUGCGACUGUCGCCUUCCGUUUCGUGCAGCGACCCGAGUAUUUGGUACCAGGGGAUCGAUUGUUGUUCCGCGAGGGACGUACCAAAGGACUCGGUAUUGUCAAGUCGGUUGGUUACGAUCCCUCGAAGCCACUCAUGCCUCAACAGGCUGAGGGUCAGGGCUCAGGACAGGGGUCGAAGGAGGUUUCUUCCUCAAAUGGAGUUAUUGUGGGAGCAUAAGGUAAUGGCGUCUGGAUAUUUCUUUUUUGGCAUGAGGCUAUGAAUGGCGGCGUUUGGUGUUUGGGGAAGCGACAAUGUAAUCAGCACAUGUGCUUGCUGUACUUUGCUUCACCCGUAGCUAGUUGUUGCAGAUAUCCAUUGUUUCUCAUGCCUUCAUGUUGCCAGCAUAUUCAUUUCGAGUGUGCAAUUUGUGUAUGCAACUCGGCGCAAGUUCGUCCCGUUCAGUGACCCGCCUGUUUUGAACUACUGGGAUUCGGGUCGUCAAUACUACACCAUUAGACCUUGUUCGUUUCUCUGUUGGCUAUUGAUCCCAGAAUCCUUUGAUUGAGGUGGAACUGAUUGGACGGCACGAAUUUUCCGCUCUUCAUAUUUCGGGCACUAUCCCAGGCACUCGGCAUCACAAACCGCCGUUGCAGCAUAAGAUAUAAGCUUCC